CCAUUAACCCAAACAUUGAAGAAGAGAUGCGCAGGAAGCAGCAGCAGCAAGCACAGGAGGCAUACGAUGAAGAUGAAGAUAUGCCUGGUGGGGCGCAGAGGGUGCAGUGCGCACAGCAAUGAUUUGGUAACAUUUUAAUAGGAAAGACGUAGUCCAUAAGUGUUCUAGUGCCACCAUUUGCUCGGGGGGUUCAAAUAGGAUCAGUUGAGUUGAUCGUGAUCUCUGGAAAUUUUUCAUGUGCUAUAGGAUUUAGAUUUAUAGUUUUGAUGGUUUGGCAAAUUUCAUCCUUCAGCACAAACUGAUAACCCAAAAAACCUAAUACCCUUUACGACUUUACCCAUUUCCCCUAAAAUGCCUAAAUCUUAAACUCUAAUUUCCCCUUCCCAAAUUACAAUUGCAAUUUGCAAACUCGACGAGAGAUCAGAGUCGGUCGUCUCCUUCGCAACUCCUCCACUCCAGUAGUCCAGUCGGCAGUCUCCAGACUCCAGAUGGCGGAAAUCUCAGAAUUCAAAUAUGCUUAUUUCAUUUCCGGAGCAAACAUAAUUCGGAUUAAAAUCCCUAUGACAUCUAAUAGUUUUCAACACGAAGCCGAGCUUGUGUUCUCUAAUCCAUCUCAACCUCUUCCGUUAGGUAUGGGACUCUUUAGCCACAAUCACAUUGUAUAUAUGGUUGGGGGCUACUUUCACAAAAGGGAGGUGUGCGUGGACAGACCUAAGGUUGUGGAUGUGGAAGGAUUUCAAUAUUUCGAUCUUGUUUAUAUGUUUGAUCCAACCAAGUUUGACGAAAUUCCGCUUGAAAAUAUUAAACCACUUCAGAACUUAAACUUAAACUGUGAUCGCAUGGUGGUGUAUCCUAACGUCAUUCGAGCUGAGGAUCGGAUUUACCUGUUGUCACUGCGUGAUUAUUUUUGUCAUCAUUUUGACAUGAUCGGACACGCCUUCCAUUUUCAAUACUUUGAUCCAAACAAGAAUUUGUUUAAAACCCUGCCACCCCCACCCGUCCUACAUGAUUCUAAAUUAAUGGACAUGUCUACUCUUGAUGCACGGUGUCAUUUUUUCCUUAGAGGUUAUAUAUAUGUGUUUAUUACAGACGCCAAGACUUGUUUUCAAACAUCUAAGUUCAACACCAUAAAUUCAGAUUCAGAAUGGGAGGAUUGCAAGUCCAUGGUGGACAAAUUUAAAGAGAAAAAUAUUCCUUUUCCCUUCUUACAUGUUGGCGAUAUGGGGAUUUCGAAUGAAUUGGCUGAUAACACUUGGAUUCUAGUCGCCCUUAAUGGUGGUGCUCUGCCCAUUGCAUAUAAUGUUCACCUUAGUGACAAGGGUGAUAUUGAUCCUAUAUCUCAUAGGGUUCUGGCUGAACUUCAUACUUCGGAUGUUCAUAAGUAUGGCAGGAAAAAUGAGUGGAAACAAUUAGCUGAUAUGGGAGGUGGAAGGUUUUGUGUGAUGUGCUGUGCUUUAGAUGAAGAUUUUUUGAUAUACGGCUUCGAAAUUGAUUUUGAACUUGAAUGGACCAUUCAAAGUGAUAAAACUAAAGUGAGUUCGUCAUCUAUUAUUUUCAAAAUGGAAUUCAAUCAUAAUUACCCCAUCCCUUUGAAGGGUCAACUUACCGGUUUCUGUAUAGGCUUUGCUCCGCCUCCCCUUGCAUCUCCUAGCUCUGCUCCUCCUCCUCCUCUUGCAUCUCCUGACAAUGAAGACCAAGACAAGAAUGAUAGGAAGAGUAAGAGAAAAGGGGUGAGUAGAUUGUUUGUAUAUUUAUCUCCAGCUCUGCCAGUUCUGCUCCUCCUCUUCCUCCUCCGGGGCCGCUGAGCUUGCUCGCAGUGAAGACUACUAUUGUCUUAGGAUUUGUGAACUUGUGGAUUAAUAUAUUGAAUGUGCAUGGGCUGAUCUUGGUUAUGAAUAUUUUAGAUUCCAUUUCUUUAAGUACUGCCUUUAAACUUAAAAGGAUAUUUUGCAACAUUUUGAUAAAUGUCCAGUUUAAGAUUCACACUAGAUGGCCUUCUUGUAAGAAGGGAAUUGAAGGAAAAAAAUCUGGAUUUCUGACCA